GUUUCUCCCUCUCGAUAAAUUGCUCGUUCAUUAUUUUAGCGCAACAACAUGACGGAUAUUUUGGAGGAGGCUGUGGCCAUUCAAGCGAGACGUUUAGCCAAAAGGAUGGGCGUGGCAAUCUCCCCUCAAAAAACAGAGACAUUUUACCUUUGGACCAGUUUUCUGGCCUUUCAGGCUUUGAAGGAGUGUCUCAAAUUCAUAUUGCCGGCAGCCUCGGAUAGUAUGAAGUUUAGCACGACUUCAAUCACUUUACAAGUGAUCAAAGAGGAGAUCAAAAAGCUUCACAAGAAAUUGGACAAGCUCCUCAAUGAGCCGAGGGAAUCAGCCAUUCAGGAUCUUCAAAUGGGUUUGACGUCAAUAGAGCACGAUAACUUUGAAGAGUCAUACCUCAAGUUUAUGAGUGUGGAGGCCAAUGCUACCAGGGGAUUUAAUUUAUCCAUGUCAGACGAAAACCGAUUGGUUUGCACCCGACUCAAGAUAUUUGCCCAAGUGAUGGUCCUGACUUUCGAUCACAAGAGUCGCACAUUUGUUCCAUUUGAAAUCGUUCCACCUAAGAAGAAACGGGAAGUGGGCGCGGCUGUUCAAGCCAGUGUGGAUUUAUUGCAUGAAAACUUAUCCGGAGUUGAAUUCACGUUCAAGGACCACUUCAGUUCCAGGACGAAAGAGAGGAAGUUGCAAAGCCACCGGGACAACGUGGAUAAGGUUUUGGCCGUGGCUUACCCGUACAUCUCAAGUGGAUUGGGCUUGAGUAACCCUAAUCAAUUGGUAAAUACUCGAUCUGACGCGUUCGUGGUGAGUCUUUUGCCCCACAGAUAUUUACCUGAGGGGAUCGAUGAUGCUUCUGAGCUUCAAGUCGGCACCUCCAGGGAUCCUCCCUAUAACGAGGUCAAAGCCAAAGUGUUCUAUGGGGUGGACAAAUCUGUUUUAUAUGACAAGACUAAAGAGGUCAAGUACAAUGUCCAUUUCUUGAACAAGAUCUACGAUGCGGAGAAGGCCACGGAGAAACCGGUGGUAUUGAAAGUCCAAGAUAAAGUUUUGACAGUGGUGGAUGAUUUGGAUGAGAUCAACCGGGAUCAGCAGAGUAUUCUUCACAUAGCUGCCAAACAAGGCCGACUAGACACGGUCAAAUUCCUCAUUCACGAGGGUGCAAAGAUCAAUGCCAUGGAAAAAGGCGGCAAUACCCCAUUGAUGUUGUCAGCCACCAGUGGCAAUCCGGAUGUGACCAAUUAUCUUCUUGAUCGUGGAGCUUUGGCAGAUAAGGAAAACAACAAAGGUGAAACAGCCUUGAUGUUGGCCGCUAAGCACGGCCGGCUUCAGACCGUGAAGACAUUGACAGCCCAAAGAGUCACAUUAAAUAAGCGGGGUAAAAAUGGAAAGACAGCGAUUCAAUAUGCAUCAGAAAACCGUCAUUUCCAAGUUGUGGAUGCGUUGAUCAAACUCGGGGCACAGGCACCGGCCAACCAUACCCCUGUGAUAGAGUCCUCCCGUAACAAAUAUUCCGACGUGGCUCCUCCCCUGCCACCAAAGGCACGAACUUUCCAUCAUUUUCCCAUACCUACUGCCCCUCCUUUGACCCCAGAAGACUUCGAAACCCAUCGAUCUGCAAAUGCACCCCCGUUGCCGCCCAGACGCCACCGCAGCCAAUUGCGCUCUUCCAGAUUACAAUUUGAGGAGUACGUUUUCGAAAAUGUGAAUCUUGGAAACACUAAUCAACCCCAAGAAUAUGUCCCAGUUUCCAACGAGCAAUCUAGUGUUCGUCUUUUACCCAAGCGAGAUCCACCACCCAUUCCCGAGGAUUUGGAUGAAGUCCUGGACAAUCAUUUAGUUUUAAAUGCGUCUCGAACCGGUCAACGGUCUCAAUCUGGAGAUCCUGUACGAAGAAGGAAACACGGGCAACAAGUUAGGGAUGCCAACAACUCGGAGGAAUAUUUUUCUGGAUCUGAGGGUUUCCUGCGCCCAAAUCGGUUUCCUGAAGGACGCAUACAGCGGUCCAGAUUGGCACACUUGGAGCUGGAAAAGGUUCUAAAGAAGAGAGACAUGAACAACCAUCAACCAUGAGAAAAAAGGAUUUCCCCAGCCAAAUCUGUGUUAUUCGGAAUGAUUUUUUCUUCUUUUUUAUCUCAACGUUUUAUGGUCCAUUAUCUGAGAAUUCAGGAAAAGCCACUUGCUCAGUAAAACUGAAUAAAAAAAAUCCUCGAACUGCU